UCCCUUGCCCCCUCCUCUCUCGCCUGCUGCGGAAAAAAACCCUAGCCGACAAACCCACAGAGAUCUCGAAGAGGAACCACAAAGAUGGUGAAAUUCCUCAAGCCCGGGAAGGCCGUGAUCGUCCUCCAGGGCCGCUACGCAGGCCGGAAGGCCGUCAUCAUCCGCAACUUCGACGACGGCACGAGGGACCGACCCUACGGCCACUGCCUCGUCGCCGGGAUCAAGAAGUACCCGAGCAAGGUCAUCAAGAAGGACUCCGCCAAGAAGACGGCCAAGAAGUCGCGGGUGAAGGCGUUCGUGAAGCUUGUCAACUACAGGCACCUGAUGCCCACUCGCUACACCCUCGACGUCGACCUCAAGGACGUCGUCGCCGUCGACUCCCUCCAGAGCAAGGACAAGAAGGUCACCGCCGCCAAGGAGACCAAGAAGAGGCUCGAGGAGCGUUUCAAGACCGGCAAGAACAGGUGGUUCUUCACCAAGCUCAGGUUCUGAUUUCAGUCCGUUUGUGAAAUGGUGUCGUAUUAGGGCAAGAUUCGAUUUUGAUCCUUUUGUUUUCAAUACAUGGAUUAAGGGAACGAUGAAUGAGGCGAGCCUGGAUUCGGCUGUAUUGGUUAAUUUGGAGCAUGAGCAUCUCAUUCGAUUUUGAAAUGCGUUACUACUGUUAAUGUUUCAGUGUCGGAUCCGUUUCGGUUGAUAAUGUUUUUUGCUUUUGACAGUUUUCUUGUAUGUGGUAGUGCUUUGACUCCGUUAGAGGAGUUAAAUCGAUAUACGCGAUGCCGGUAUUUUUCUACUAUUUAGAUUUUGUGGAAUCGAGCUUGUCAUGGUUAGUAGUGAAUUUGAAGUUCCUGGCA